AUGCCUUUGUCUUCCAGUUCAUCGCUUUCUUCUGCUGAGUCUAAAGUGUCUUUCUCGUCCGCAGACUGUUCUGUGUCUUCCCGGCAUGGAAAUGUAAUAACCGGUGAAAACACCAGACAUCAUCACCUUCUAUAUCAUUCGUACUAUAAGUCUUCUUCUUCCACGUCAUUCUCGCCUCCUCGCCAUGAGGUCCCUUCUUCGUCUUCAGCAAAUCCAGAAUGCAGUGAAAUGUACAAUUUUGGACAUGAAAAUUCCCGUUAUACUGUCGACAGAAUCCGUCAACAAAGAAAUCAAAAUAUCUACUCUAAUUGUUCAGAACUCAGAUUCGGCCCUAAAGGAACAUUGCUUGAUAAUACCAAACUCUUAAAAAUAUCUCUCUCUCUCUCUCUGUGUCUCUCUCUUCCCUCUUCCCACCCCUCUCUCUCUCCUCCUUUCCCUCUCUCCCUCCUCCUCCUUUCCCCUCUCUCCCUCCUCCUUUCCCCUCUCUCCCUCCUCCUUUCCCCUCUCUCCCUCCUCCUUUUUCCCUUCCCUCCCUCCUCAUUAUUUUCCCUUUCUCCUCUCCUCCAUUUCUCCCUGCCUCUCCCUCUCUUACCUUUGCCCUCUUCCCUUGCCUCCCUCUUUCCUUUGCAUUCUCUCCCCUUUUCUUGCCUCCCACUCUUACCUUUGCAUUCUCUCCCUUUUUCUUGCCUCUCCCUCUCUUACCUUUGCAUUCUCUCCCUUUUUCUUGCCUCUCCCUCUCUUACCUUUGCAUUUUGCAUUCUCUCCCUCUCUUACCUUUGCAUUCUCUCCCUCUCUUACCUUUGCAUUCUCUCCCUUUUUCUUGACCCUCCUCUUGCCUCCCAUCUAUUUAUACAGCAAAAAAUUAUUUAA